AUGCGCGAAGAGCUCAAAGGCCGUAAUUUGAGCUUUACCGAGAUCGCUAAACUAGUUGGUGAGAAUUGGCAAAGCCUAACCGCGGCGGAAAAGGAGCCCUUUGAGUCGCAAGCCCAAGCCAUCAAGGACAAGUACCUGAGCGACCUCUCCGAGUACAAAAAGACGCCCGAGUACCGAAAGUACAUGUCCUAUCUCCAGGAGUUCAAGGCCAAGCACGCCUCUCCGUCACAAGACAAGGAUGCCUCGAAAAGAGCAAGACUCUCCGAGUCUAGCGGCCAAAGUCGAGCCAGCCCUAGCUCGGCUCUGACAAGGACCAGUAGGAGUGGGAGUGGCGCAGACAGCCGCAAGGGAAGCGAGCCACCUAUCGCCCGGCAAAGGGUCGAGUCCAUCGCGUCCAUGAGCGAUUCUCAGUACUCGAGUUCCUUGCCCCCCUCAACGUCCAUCACGUCCCCCGAGGAGUCCCUGCUCUCCCCCGCCGAAAGCCACUCAGAACCUCGCUCACCGACCUUUCAACCCGGAUCCACUGGGGCCUCGCCAUUCCAGCCAAGGGGGAUGAUCAAAAUCCGAGAGCAGAUGGGCCACGCGCAGGCAACUCCUACCACCACUCUCUGA